CGAAACUGUAGUUGGCGAAAUGCACCCGUACUCGCAUCGUAGCGCGUGCAAUUAAUCUUUCUUCCCUCUUCCUUCUUCAUCAUCACUGAUAUGAACAGUCAAAGCACUAAAACCUCCUGGAAUACAAUUGAUUUUGAUCUAUUAGGUGUUUUGAGACAUCAAAAGGCAAACGCCUUAAGGAAUGUUCAAACGCGAAAACAGGAUGCUGAAGCUACGAAAUAAUGGCCAAUGUAUACGAAUGCCUGUUAUUACUAUGUUUUUUGUUUUGAUUUGUGUUCUAGUUUGGGUUUUCUGUAGGGAAACUGGAGAAAAAUCUGAUUCAUUGUCUGGUUUAAUUAAGGAAAAUUUGAGUAGUUUUAGCUUUUCGGUUAAGUUAGACCCGACUGUGGAGUUCAGAAAUGGAACAGAUUUAAUAUGGCAAAUACCGGACUCACCCAAGGCAAUUCUUUUUCUGGCACAUGGUUGUAAUGGUAAAGCAGCGAACUUUUGGGACAGAUCACCUAAGUGCCCAAAUUGUGUGGGUUUACCUGAAGAAAGGCUUAUCGUUCUUCAUGCCUUAGCUAGGAGAUUUGCAGUUCUUGCGGUGUCUAGUGCUGGGAGGUGCUGGUCGAUGGAAGAGGAAAGGGUGAUUGUUAAAGAUAUUAUCGAAUGGUGGGUUGUUAAACAAAAGGUUCAAAGCUUGCCUAUUGUAGCUUUGGGUGCUUCGUCUGGUGGAUAUUUUGUUUCAGUCCUUGCAACUGAUUUAAGAUUCAGUAGCAUAACAAUAAUGAUUGCUGAGGGAUUGUUUGAUCGAAUGGACAUUUCGAAGAGUUAUCCUCCUACCCUUUUUGUGCACAUGCCCAAAGAUAAAAGGAGAAGUGUGAGAAUAGCCAGAUACUUGACACUCCUGCAGGGUAAAGGCAUUGAUGUUGCAGAGGUCAAAUGCAUGGAAUUUACAUUGUCACCAAAUCUAUUAUCUGAUAGGAUUCCCGGUCUUGAUCUAGCUACCUCUGUGAAGUUGUAUAGUCUGUUCCAGGAAAAGGAUUUUGUUGAUACAAAAGGUUUCAUGAGAAAUGACGGGCGUGCAAUACAAUGGAAGGCAGCUCUCAAGGAGAGUGGGAUUAUUCUCCCAGACAAGUCCAUAGCAAAUCACAUUCAAGAAGAAAUGAACCUUGCGUUUGCUUAUCAUGAAAUGACCAGUUUGCAGUCUGAGCAAAUCUUUAACUGGUUUGAAACUCAUAUGAGCUGAUCAGAUUCUUAUGCUGUGUAAUCUUCCUUGAGUCAUCAAGGAUGGAAUAUCGUUGCCAUGGCUUUGGACUGGGUGACAACAGAUCUCAAUACUGUUGUGUAUGUUAUUUCACGAGGUUGAAGUCCAAGUGGGAAUAACUGUGGUCACAUUGUGAUGAAAAAUAUUGUAUCAGCAUUCAAACUUCCUACAUGUGAAAAGGGCUGUCUACUGUUAUCAUUUGGAUUGUCCUUUUUUUAUAUCCAGAAAAGAAUGUAUAGUGCACACUUAGGAACUAGGUCUGCAUUCUUUUUUGAGAGGAAAGUAAUUGAAACUAGGUCUAUUUUCUUGUGCUUAGGGAUGGAACUUUUCAAGUGUAAGUUCCUAUAAUUUCUUGUUAUCUCAACAUUAAAGGAAACACAACCUUUCUGUUCUUGAA